AUGUCGGGAUCAGAUGAAGAGAUUGAUUUCGAUGUCGAAGAGGUGAUUAGGUCUGAACUCAAGGCGCUAAGCAAUUUGACGUCAACUGAAGAAGACGACGAACAUGUUUCGGAUGAAGAGACAAAUGGAACCACCUCUCCUACGAUACAAGAUGACUCUGAUGAUAGCGAGCUUCCGACACUGGAGAGAAUGGAAUCUUGGGCGGACUAUAUUCAGACCAUAGAAUCCAGAGAGGCAGACCGCAGAGAAUAUGAUAAUAACUUCACUGAAGACGAGCUGCCACCCGCAGAUCUCGAGGAGUAUCUGAUGGGUUCCUCUCGUUCCUCCCUGGAGUUACCGCUCGAUACGCCCAUUGCUACUAUCGACCUCCAACCGCACUUACCAGCUGAUAUUGAUGAUAUUGACACAGAUACACCUGCAAUGGUCGCAGAAAACAUAGAUUAUUCGGAAUGGAAGGCAGAUACAGAUUCCUAUUUGAAAGACGUCGAUUCUGUCAGUGAUAACAUCGAAAAUGGGACAAUGGAUACGCAUCUGGACCAAGCAGAAUUAGAUCGUCACCUGGAAGAAGUUGAAUCGGAGCUGAAUCAGCGGUUGAGUAUUUUGCAGACAAAGUCAGCAAGUGAGGAGGCGCUACUUGAAUCUUUGCACAAGGAAGCAGAAAAAGCUGGAAUACCUUUAGACCCUCCGCUUCGCCGAGAGCUGGUAGAGGAAACGUUAGGGUUAACUGCGACCAGGUCCUUAGCUGAGGGGCUUCCGGAGAGAAAUGGCAGUAAUCGGUCGCUCCUGGAUAUCCAGCAGGAAGUCUUGGCUUCACAACGGGCCGCAUCACCCCAAGCUUAUCAUACUACUGAAAUUCUUCCGAUAAUGGCUUUGGUUGAAACACCUGCGGUCACGGACGUGGAAAGUGAGGAGGAAAAAUUACUCCGGGCUACAGAGCGGAAUUUAAGGGCAGAGUACGAUUUUAUUACAGGGAGACAGAGAGAGGAAGCGGGAGAGCAAUCCAAGCUUCGAUUCCGUCUCGACUCCUUCAGUACUAGCAAAACUACCCAUUCCCGUGCAAUACGUGAAUUUAAACAACGGCAGCGUGAUGUACAGGAAAAAACUCGUCGAUUGGUAGCCUGGUUUGCGAAUGACGCAAAGGUUGCGUUUGAUAAAGAACGUGAUAGAGCUGCCGUGCUGAUGGGGCGGUUAAAUCCGUUGCUCGAGUCCCAGCAGUCGCUGCAGAGAAGCGCAGAAGAUAAGCUGACCAACAAAAAACAGACAGCGGAGAAACUGGCGUCGGAUAUUGCAAAGCUUCGGGAAGAAGCGCGUCCUCUCAUUGAGAAGGCAACGGCCUCGUCAUCGGAUAUUGAAAGCAAAAAUGAAGAGAUUGAACGUCAGACGAACCAGUUACAACAAAAGAAAGCGCAGCGUGAUGCACUGCUUUUGAAACGUCUCGAGGAAGAAGAGGCGGCGAGGAAACGGGAGUUGGAUUUGCUCUUGGGAUCGCUGAAAAGGCAGCGACAGAGUAGUGAGGCUUCUGCAGCAGAGCUACUGGAGCUGGAAUCUUUGGAGUUAAAGGAGACAUCUUUGACGAAAAUACCCAAUUUGGAGGCGGCUCCCAAAAUUCGCCAUGUCAUCCUUGACAAUAAUAUGUUGAGCGACGUGCGGGGCCUCGAAGGUCUAAAAGAUCUCAGGUCACUGAGUUUGCAGGGAAACCAUUAUACGACUUUAGAUCUUGGUUGGUUUACAGAGUUGCGAUCACUCAAUGCAGCGAACAAUGAUUUAUCGGAAAUUUCGCAUAUAAGUGCGUGUGCCCAUUUACACGUUUUGGAUCUCAGUCAUAAUCCACUGAAAAGUCUGGAAUUCCUCUCUUCCGCCAAAUCUAUGCAUGUUCUGGUUCUUCGCAAUACUCAGCUUGUCGAACUAGGACACUUGGAAGCUUUGCGUCAGCUCUUGUAUCUUGAUGUAUCUCAAAAUCGACUCCACAAUCCAACACUGGAGUCCAUAUCCGAUUGCAAGCUACUUCAAUAUUUAAGUUUAUCGGAGAAUGUUUACACGGAGUUUCCAAGGAUUCCGAAUAACAUGCUCUGUGAACUUGAUGUCCACCACAACAAUAUAAGAAAUUUGAACAUCGCCAAAUGGUCUCCCCGCCUACGCAUCAUCAAUCUCUCUGACAAUCAUGUCAAAUACAUUGAGCCACUAGCAAUGGCUCCUUUCCUCCAAGAAUUGAAUCUGGCGAAUAACUAUCUCGCAGACUUCACUUCUAUCUUUGGGCUCGCCGUCUGCCGGGAUCUGAAGUCUAUUGAUUUGACAGACAACCCCAUCGUGCAUGACGCCAACUUUCAUAAAGUGAUUGCGGUCCUCUUCCCUAGAAUCAAGUCUAUCAACGGUCGAACGAUUGAAGACCUUGCGAAGGCAAAGGGCCAAAAGCGCUUCGCGAAAUAUACGUCUGUCAAGGUCGUCAAAUGGUGCAAAGCAGCGUGCAAGUACUUGCGUACCUUUAUUGAAGACGAGCAUCAAAGUACUGGAGAAAAGGCCCAAUGCCUACAAGACUUUCGGCGGGUUGUACAAGCCCAACACAGGAACAUUGCUACCUUCAUGGGGGCGCAGUACAAACCGUAUCUACGCUACCUGUACGCACCGUCUUCUCUCUCGGAAACCGAGGAGAUGAGAAUCGUUCUUCAGCUACAGGAGCGUAGGAUCAAUUGGCUCGCAGCGCUCCUUCAGCAGCAUGUGUCGGAAAUUGAGAGCCUCUUGAAGCGACAAGAACCGAAUUUUGACAUGGCGCUUAUGGCUUGCGUGGAAGAGCUUUCUGAUCGAAUUAAGGAUGCUUCAAUCGCCACGAUACAGGCUCUCUGGCGUGGAAGAAUGGUACGGCGCGCAAAGCUGCGCCGAAAUGGAGCCGCUCGCCUGAUACAAAAGUGCUGGAGACAGUACAAGCUGCGCAAGCUGGAAAAUGUGAACAUUCAGCUUGCGCAUGCACGGCAACAGGCCGCAGCAGUUCUCAUACAGGCUACAUGGCGAGGCCACAAAAUAUAUGAAUGGUACAAGAAAGAGAAGCGCAAAUCUUCUGCGAAAGCGUUGGUCUCAAAAGCUGGGAUAUCCAAACCGCCCCACCAAGUUCCAACACCUCGGCCUGUUGCCAGACCUCAUAGUCCGGAUGACCUUGACGAUCUCGAAACGGAUGUGCACAAGUGGCUAGAUAAUGCCAAUGAAAAUGAAUUUGAUGAAAAGAUGGAUUCUUACCUGCAAACCGAGAAUCUUGUGCAUUUCUCGCAGCCUGUCAAACCCCCUAUUCAAAGGAGAGUAUCAAAACAAUACGGGGCUGCCGUUCAUAAAGACGCAGAAGCGGUGCUCCGUCAGCAGUUCGAGACGCUCUUAAAUUCCAACGAUGCGCCACCGAUAGGACCUCGAGACCCAUUACACAUGUUGCUAGUCAGUCGAGGCAUGGUUAAGACACCAUCACCUGGCCGGACGGCGUUCGGCGAUGCUCGAGAAAUGAGCAUCAGGCGAACACCAAGUCCUGAGGGUAGAGAUCCUACUGGAAUGACUGCGUCUAUGCUAUUGUCGAGGAGAUCCCAAGCGGACAGAUUGCAUCAGUCUGUCCCGGAUCAACCGGAGCAUGAGGCAGAGAAACAACCGGAAGACAUAGGAGCAGAAGGAGAGAAAACUGCAUGGAACCUCUCCAGCGAGGUAACUCAAGCAUUAUUGCAACGCAAGAUUGGACGUGAUGCCAAGAUGCAGAAACAAGCCAAGUUACGCGAGCGCUUAAAAGAUCCAAUGGAACGCCUGAAAACUAUACAAGCAUUGCAACAUGCUUCCGCAUUGAAGCAUGGUGGCGAGGCCACACGUAAUGGCGUAAUCUAUGAAUGGGAUGUUCUGACAGCAAAAGACCUAAGACCCGACUACCUACAGCGACGAGAGCCGAAGAGAUUGCCACCGUUAGACCAUCACUUUGAAAAUCCUGCUCAGACGAACCUUGGCAAAACACCAGGUCCAGUCCUGCUAAUCAACAAUUACGUAUCCAAAAAACUGAUGAGAAACCAUCGCGACAAAGAAUCCCCCGAGCCGCAAAUCCAUGCAGUGACCCCACAUCUCGCAGAUCCCGACAUCGGGCAUCACACCGCAACCUACCAUGUAGACGCUGGCCCACAUAGCCAUCGCCAGUUGCACUACGCAUUUUACCAUGCAGAGUAUCUGCCGUCGCUAAAGGAUCAUGGAUAUACUGGACCGACCCUGACAACACGGCAACAGCAACUGAUAGAUAGAAAGGCUUGAAGUGGUUGGCCAUUUUUGGACUGUACAUAUAUAUGUC